AUGAUAGCAGCUAGCUCCCCUGACGUCGCCGCUCUGACUGGCCGGAAGAUGCUUCUCCUUUCUGACGAGAACCAUCUCUUGAACAGAGUUUUCCCGAGCUCAACCUCUCUAACCUACCUAUGGUUAAGUUGUUGCAGUCUCGUCGCUGCAUAUAGGCCUCCUUCCUUUGAAACUUCUAAAUCUGGGGAAUGCGAACUUACUUCAGCCCUCUCCAACUUUUUUUGUGAUGUCCUUCAUAAACGCUCAGGAUCCACUAAACCACCUGACCCUUUUGAUGUUUGUGGAUCUUGGCCGUCAUUGGAUCUUGUCCUCUUACUUCAACCUCCAGCUUCAUCUCUGAACGUUCCACCACCAGUGGCGGAGCUAGGAAAUUCUUUUAGGAGGGUCACAAUAAAUUAA